AUGGUCCCCACAGAUAACUCAGGAUUGGGCAAAUCUGCUUUGCAGAUAGAACCUGUUAUUGAGCAAGUGUUUUUUACACCUACGCCUCGGUCAAAAGCUGAUUUUGAGCAACAGAAAGUACUCACAAUAUUGGGGUUACAUGAUUUGUCAGUUGUGCAUGGACUGGCUUCCCCUGAUUGA